AUGACCUCAAAGAAGAAAGGUACCGCGCGUCGGACCGGGCCAUUGCAUUUUUCCUCUCGCACGAGAACUACCAAGGACGUGCCUCCGAUCAAGAAACUGCUCGGCGACCUUGGGCUUGGCGAUGAUGCUGAUAAGCAGCUACUCAAUGAGUUCAACACUGCUCGUAAAAUUUACAUGAACCGCUUCUUGGACGAAAAGAUCCUCGAUGACAAAGACAUAUUGGAGUGGGCCGACGAGCAAUGCAGGCAAAAGCUUCGCAGGCUGGCCAAAAACUUCCUUGUCAGACAGAAUCAUGGCCCUCAUUUCUGGCCCGAUGAGGUUUCUCCUGCAAACGCAAAGAACUACCGUUAUCCACAGGAUUCCCAACAGCUCAUCAAAACAUUGACAAUGCUGUUUUUUCGACAGCUAUACAACAGAAGAUCACACAAUAUAAAGGUCCGCAAAGACAAGAGGCGUACCAAUCUCUUCGAACGAGGUGAUGCGCCUGACGAGCCUAUUGCCCUUGAUCUGUCCAGCGAUGAGUCUGAUUACGAAUACCAAAUCUAUGAAGCCCCAGAAUCACCCAUGUCUGGUGACUCUGUCCUCCUCAAGAGAGAGCCUGCUGAUUCUCCGGAUUUACCUUCAAUUGAGGAGAUAAGACGUACAGUCCAGACUCACACUAUGCCCUCAGAUACGGUCACGUCGUUACCUAGUGCUGUUCAAAAUGAGAAUGUGAACCCUGAGACAGCUGAUGAGCCUGGCCAACCCUCAAGAACAAGCCCUGUGCGGGCAACAAAAAGGCCUCUGUUGGAAUCAGACGCGUCGUCGCUGCGUGCAAAAAGCCCGCGUCUCAACGGUUUCCGUGCACCCACAGCCGAUCCGUUCUCUCGAGAUGCUAAUGUUCGGCUCGAAUCAGUCGCUCGAGCAGUUUCCCCCAGGCAAGACCUUCGAAGGUCAAGUCGAAAAUCAGUUCCUGCGCCCGUUGCCUCCAUGAUCGAAGGGUCAGGGACAAAUGUCACUCAGGAGCUACCACCAGAAGCAGAGAGGAACAGCACAGAUGAGAUCGUCUGUGGGUUCAAAACUGCGAUACGAGAAGUUCAGCCUACUGGAGAGGAUAGCAGUAGCAGUGCUCGCAUUUCUGAAGAUGAAACAGAAACGACAGCUACAGACCAGCCUGUAAAGCUUGGAUCUACUCCACUCUCUCAAAAGGAGACUCCUGCCACGUCUGAUCCAGACAUUGAAGAGCUCAGCAGUAGCUACUAUGAUACAGCUGCGGCCCGGCGGUUACUGAGCUCGCAUCUCCGUGGGCACGCUACAAAUACUCCCACCCCUCUCCAAUUCUCUUUUUCCUUUCACGAUGGUAGCCAUGGCGACCCCUUCAGCAUUUCAGCGAUCGAAUUCUUCACAAUGACUCUCAGACAAUUUAUGGACGUUCUGCCCUUGAAUGAUAAGGAAAUGAUAAUAGGGCUAUGCAUACGCCAAUACGGGCCCAAAUUCUGUCUCCGGCAAGUGUAUCUAUACAACGAGGCUGUUUUUGGCAACAUUCGUCAGCAGUUUCUCCGUUGUAUUGAGAGCGAUACACGGGAUGUGAAAAACCACGGGAAGAGGCUGGACUAUGAGAUUAGUAUUGAGCCGCUGAGAGAUUUUCCGUAA